AUGGUACCCGAAGUUGCUGCAGCCUGGACACUAGUAGAAUCAUUCAACAUGUCAAACAAAGACGAAGAUCCGUUUAGAAAACAUCCGUUGAAGACAAAUGCCCCAGUAAACGAGAAAUCACCAAAUUUUGACCGGUACAGAAUGAGCCAGCCCCAAAUGAUCAGUUUGAAGGCGAAGUCAACCCACUGGAGAGCGACAUGUAGUUUUCCUGUCAAUGGAGUUGACGGUCGUGAUCAAGUGAGAGGAAAUUUCAAAGAUUUUGAUAUCAUGACGUUCAUUGAAAGUGGUCUCUGUAAACAGAUGGAAUAUAUCAACAUACGAGGUAAUGAAUGUUCCCAGUGCACAGCAAAAUGGUGGGCCAAGAGCGGCUCGCAAAAUUUACACACAGACAAUACAGAAGGAGAUUGCGAUUUCCGGCCAACUGUUGGUAUUAUCUCAGGCGAAGACAAUUUUGGCCUAUAUGACAACGUCAACCAGGAUUUCCGUUGCACGGCAACUAACGCCUCGACCACAAACUGGUGGUUUGGAGGAUACCAAUGCAGUGAAUAA